UCGAGGAUCUACACCUCUGACGGAUUGGAUUUUCCUCCUCAGUUGCAGCAACAUAUUGGAUAUAUAUUCUUUAUUACUCGGUGACACUGACAAGCCAAGGGAACUCGAUAUCUGAUAUAUCGCACCUGGGAAGGGUCGAGCGCGGGAAUGGGAACUAUUUAGGAAAAGAGUGUGAAAGCAGAAGUCAAGGCAACUUGCGUUGCAUGAAGGAAAGGAAAUCAUCUUUUUGGUGCACCUGUGAAGAAAAUAACAUUGAAGGUGCCGUUGGUGUGCGUACUGUGCAACCGUACCGAACCUGCAAGUGAACCAUCUAGACAGUCCGCCGGUGGAGCUUUGAAGUGGAAGCGCUUUGAGGUGUUCUUUCCACCGGCUAUAAUAUCGCUUUAAUUAGAGGUAUCCCACCGUGUCCUCAUCAACCCGCCACCAGCUGUCACUUUACACCCAAGGAGAAGGAGCAUCUUGGCAGAAAGGUGGAUGGAGCUCCAACAUCGGCAGCGCUGUCAGUCUUGGCUCUGAGCCUUACAUACUCUCAUGUUCCUUGGCCCAUAACUCCAGUUUCAACUUUCUGCCAACCUGUCCACAUGUAGCAGCCGCAGUGUACACCUCUGCUCAGCUCAAACACCGCCUGUGGAGCCUUCAUGAGCAUCGCGAGCCAGUCCACGCUUCUCAGAUAGAGUUCCCCAGUGAGAUGGAGCGGCUGAUCUUCUCCCUGCUGGUGUUGGCUGUGUCAGCGUCGGGGCAGCUGUGCCCCAAGCGUUGCAUGUGCCAGAAUCUGUCACCAUCUCUGGCCAUCCUGUGCGCCAAGACCGGCCUCCUUUUCGUGCCAACAGUCAUCGAUCGACGUACGGUGGAGCUGCGCCUUACCGAGAACUUCAUCACGGCAGUGAGAAGGAGGGACUUUGCAAACAUGACCAGUCUCCUGCACCUGACGUUGUCACGCAAUACCAUCAGCCAGAUUAUGCCUUACACGUUUGGUGACCUCAAGCGGCUGCGUGCACUGCACAUGGACAGCAACCGCCUGAGCGUCAUCGCGGACGACCACUUCCGAGGACUCACCAAUCUGAGGCACCUUAUCCUAGCCAACAACCAACUGCACAAUAUUUCCCCACAUGCGUUUGAUGACUUUUUGAACACUCUAGAGGACCUUGAUCUAUCCUACAAUAACCUGGUGGACAUACCGUGGGAGACUAUAGGACGGCUCACCAAUGUGAACACUCUAAAUAUGGACCAUAACCUCAUAGAGCAUGUCCCCUUAGGAGUCUUCUCCAACUUGCACAAACUAGCCCGUCUGGACAUGACAUCCAAUAAGUUAAAGAAAAUACCCCCUGAUCCUUUGUUUCUUAGGAUUCCAGUUUAUGCCAAGUCAAAAGGAUCCCCUCUUUCUUCUCUCGUCCUAAGCUUUGGGGGAAACCCUCUCCAUUGCAACUGCGAGCUACUUUGGCUGAGGAGGCUAACACGAGAGGAUGACCUCGAAACCUGCGCCUCACCUGCUGAUCUUAUGGCAAAAUACUUCUGGACCAUCCCAGAGGAGGAGUUUAUCUGUGAUCCCCCUGUGAUUACAAGGAAAUCUCCCAAAACAUUCAUCAUGGAGGGCCAGCCCACAAGCCUGAAAUGCAAGGCCAAUGGGGACCCAGACCCUGAUAUUCACUGGAUCUCUCCAGAGGGUCGUCUAAUCGCCAACAACUCUCGUACUUUAAGCUUUAGCAACGGGAGCUUGGAGAUCAACAUCACCUCACUGAAGGAUAUGGGAGUCUUCACCUGCAUUGCUUCUAAUGCCGCAGGGGAGUCUACUGGCACAGUGGAACUGGUUGUCAGUCCACUGCCACACUUAGCUAACAGCACUAAUCGGGUUCGAGAACCUGAUCCAGGACCAUCUGAUAUUCUUACCUCUGCCAAGUCGACUACUUCGGCAAGCAAUGAGACAAGGACUCAGGAGAGGAAGGUGCUUCUUGCUGAGCUUACGGCUAAUUCUGCACUCAUCAGGUGGCCUUCACAACAACAUUUCCCUGGAAUCAGGAUGUAUCAGAUUCAGUACAACAGCUCAGUGGAUGACACCUUGGUCUAUAGGAUGAUUCCCUCCACGACUUAUGACUUCUUGGUGCGAGACCUGGUAUCAGGACGGGAAUACGAUCUGUGUGUGUUGGCCGUCUAUGACGAUGGCAUGACCUCGCUGACUGCCACGAGGCAGUUGGGCUGUGUCACGUUUGUCACAGAGACAGAAUACAGUCAGUGCCAGUCACUGCGCAGCCAUUUCCUGGGCGGCACCAUGAUCAUCAUCAUCGGAGGCAUCAUCGUGGCUUCUGUCCUUGUUUUCAUCAUCAUCCUAAUGAUCAGAUAUAAAGUCUACAGCAAUCAUGGGGUGGAUUCCGCAAAGGGAACCGCCAUGACGAACGUACGAUCACAGACGAAUGGGGGGCAAGCAGCGGGGCAGGUCCCGCGCUCAAGCUCCAAAAUUGUGGAGGGGCAAGAGGUCCCAGUAGCAAGUUUAGGGGGGGCUUCAGGUGCUGCUACUUGUUUAAAAGACUCCACAGCCACAGACUCUGCAAUGGCAUCAGAUGACAUAGUAUCCCCUAGUCAAAGGCACCAUUCCAGGACUUGCAUAGAGCUCAAGACACGGUCUUCUCUGUCCCCUAAAGAGGGGACAAGCAUAGAGAUGCCUGAGGACAUGACGAGCCCACAGGUCAGUGAAGAGAAGAAGGUUCAACGAGAUUGGAGCGACUUUAAAAUUUGAUGACUCCUUUCGCUGUCCCGCAAGAGGCAGCCAUCAACCCUAAAGAAGCACACCAGGUCAUCAGAUUAUGGGGGAAAAUAUGGAAUAAUUUUUCCAAACCCCUAUUGUAAUUUCUCCCUUGAGUUUUUCACUCAUCACACUGACUAUGUUUCCUACCUGGACAUAAUUGAGGACUCAAUCCACUACUGCAUCAAAUGGAAAUAGAGCACAUACAGUAUUUCUUCUCCAUUGCUGGCUUUUGGAACAUAUUGCCUUUUACACACCUGUGGUCUGGACUGUCUAUGUGUUUGCUGCCAACAGUACAGUAUGCAUUGUUUACUGGAUGGUCUUGGUUCAAGAAUGGCACUUCCCUUGAAGGAUAUUCAUCUUCCUCCACCCAUUCAAUCAUGCAAACUGCACCAAAUUCAGAUGGGACACAGUAAACGGGAUGUCUGUGCUUAUGCACUGCCAUUAAUCUGCCCUCCUCCAGCUUUGCAGAAUCAGUCACAAUCCAUCCACCCAGUGAGAACUGAAACUCAAAGGACUCACACCAAGAAACAGUCCCACCUGGGAGCACAAGUAUACCAGUUCAUUUCAGUUGUUCGGUCACUUUUUUAUUUUGCCAUUUUCUUUUGUAACUGUACAUAAUUCAAUUUAAAAUCUUAUAGUUUUGUACAUGUAAUUUUU